UGGAGAUUUGAGACUAAAGUGGCCAAGUAAAAAAGAAGAGAAAGAUAAGGAUGAAUUCCAAGGAAGCUGUACUAUCUGCUGCCCGUCAGUUUCUUGGCUUUGUGAACAGGUCACCUUCUCCAUAUCAUGCUGUUGAGGAAUGUCGCACUAGGUUGCUGGCUGCUGGCUUUACUGAGCUGAGAGAGGUGGACAAGUGGGAAAUUAAACCAUCCAACAAGUAUUUUGUAACCAGAAACAAGUCAACCAUCAUAGCAUUUGCAGUAGGAGGACGUUAUGUUCCUGGUAAUGGCUUCACUAUAACUGGAGCUCACACAGACAGUCCAUGUUUGAAGGUGAAGCCAGUGUCUAAAAAGAUUGCCCAUGGCUAUGUGCAGCUAGGAGUAUCAACCUAUGGUGGCGGAAUAUGGCAUUCAUGGUUUGAUAGAGAUCUCACCAUUGCAGGCAGGGUAGUUGUAAAGAAUGGCAGCAAGCUUGAGCACAAGUUGAUCCAUGUUGACAGGCCUAUACUGAGGGUGCCUAACAUCUGUAUACAUCUUCAGAGGGACAUGAAUGAUCAGUUUGUCUUCAACAAUGAGACACAAUUAGCCCCUGUUCUUGCCACAUGUGUGCAACAGGAACUCCAAGGUCCGGCAAACCAGGAUGAAAACAAGAAGGAGAAACACCAUCCAAUUAUUACAAAAAUAAUAUGUGAUGAGCUAGAAGUGAAACCAGAUCAGAUCAUGGACUUCGAGUUGAUGCUUGCUGACACCCAGCCUGCUACAAUAGGUGGUGCUCUGGAGGAGUUCAUAUUUUCCCCACGGUUGGACAAUUUACUGAAUUGUUAUUGUGCUUUGGAGGGCCUUGUAAACUCUUGUGAAGGAGAUACUUUAAAUGAGGACCCAAACAUCAGGAUGAUCAGUCUCUUUGAUAAUGAAGAGGUUGGAUCAUCCAGUGCUCAGGGAGCUGCCUCCAUGCUACAGGAGCAUGUACUUAGGAGGCUCAGCUCAGGGGGAGGUCCCACAGCCUUUGAGGAGGCAAUCCCCAAGUCUUACAUGCUCAGUGCUGACCAGGCACAUGCCAUUCACCCCAACUACAGUGAGAAACAUGAGAUGCAACAUCGUCCAGGUCUGCAUGAAGGUAUCGUCAUUAAGAUCAAUGCUAACCAGCGCUAUGCCAGCACUGCUAUCACACAAUCCAUCCUCCGUGAAAUAGCCACCAGAGUUAAUGUACCCCUCCAGGAUUUUGUUGUGAGGAAUGACUCCGCGUGUGGAAGUACUAUUGGACCAAUAAUGUCUGCUAAGCUAGGUAUGCCCACUGUAGAUAUUGGGGCUCCCCAGCUAAGCAUGCACUCAAUACGUGAAAUGUGCUGCACAUCGAGUGUCCUACAAUCAGUACAGCUUUAUAAGGGUUUUUUCGAACUUUAUCCAGAGGUGUUCGCUUCCUGUGACUUCUAAGCAACUUUGUGAUUUCUAAGCAACUGUAUGGCUUCUGAACAAAUUCCAAGUUCUCUGUGUUCCAAUCUGUGGAAAAGUUAAUUCCAUCCACAAUUACAACAAUGAUUCACUUAUCACAGACAAUAUUACAACAAAACAAUUGCAAUUCAUGAUUUGAUCUUAGAAUAGCAGCUGGACUAGCCAUAUUGUAUUGUUUAAUCUCUUGGAGGUCUGAUUUAUGAACAUUUUGCCAAAUGUUAUAUUAAAGGUGCAAUAAUGUAUGUAUAGCAGGAUCUUCUACAUGUACUUUUCAUAUUUGGUAUUGGCAAUACAGGACACUGCCAAUCAUCAAGUCCCAUUAAAAUGCACACAUACAUUGGUAUGACAAAAUAUAACUGUUUGUAAUAACUUGUCAAUUUACUGCAUGUUCACUUUAUAAGGGAGACACAGCUUAUCAAUAAUGUACUUAGAAACUGAACAGAAAAAUUAUACUGGCAUAUUUAAAUGCCCUUGUAGUAAUUUUGAAAUAAAUAAAGAAUGGGAUAAAAUUCCCCUAAACAAAAUGUCUUUUUUUUGUGUGUGAAAUCAAAAAAAUGUACACAAAGGCAAAUGGUGUGAUGAGAACAUACAUAGUGUUAUUACAGUAUUUGGUUAUAUCCCUUGUGUGCAGAGAAUGUAUUUUAGCAUGUCCAGUUGAGAUUUGAAAGUGGUCAGACUUGAAAAAUAUCCUGCUUUAAUGAAUGCCUUCUUAUGGAUGGUGACUAUGGGCAUUACUGUAACUGUAUAACCAAGUGACAUUCUCCUUGAAAAGUAUGUUUUUGUAUUCUUUCAUAUCAAGUCACAUUCAGAUUUUAAGGUUAAUGUUUGAUUGAGGAAAUUAGAGAUUCUUUUACUAUUUAUUUGUAAU